AUGCAGCUUCGAAGCAUUUUGUUCCACAGCGACAGAUGGAAGGAAUUUGUGCCAGCCGAGUUGCACGACGAGGUAGAGGCAAAAGUUAAGAAGGCGAGACCACUUGUCUCAGAGGAAGAAAUGGACAAACAUAAUGUACCAUUGUAUUUGCGGGAUGCUUGUGUUCAUCGUGUUAUUCCUCUCAAUCAUUGCCGACAUGAAAAUUUCUACAAUCCUUUCAAGUGUAAUGACGAACGAGUCAGAUAUGAAAGAUGCCAAUACAAGAGAUACUUGAGGUGGGUGCAAAAGUCACAAGAGUUAUGGCGAAGAGAGGAAAAGCUGAGAAUUAUCAAGGAGAAGUUGGAAAAAGCCAAGAAGAAUGCUCCUGCUGAGGAAUAG